UAGAGAUUACAGACUUAACAGUUAGGAAAAAAAAGGUCCUCUCCGUGACAGACCGGAGUAUGAGACCUUUGUCCAACUGUGAACUGCCCACCAAAAAAUUGACGCAAAAUGCAUUAAAUUCUUUAGUUAACGUCACAAAUCAAACAUACAGUCUAGGUUGUUGGCUAAACAUCUUACUACGCAUUACCCAAUACCUAUCUCGUCAAUUUCAUAUUCUCUAAAUAAAUACCAAAUUAUUCUUGUAAGAAAUUCUGAACUGGGUCUUAAUAAUUCCCCUCCUUUAAUACAAAAGGGUUUAGCUUUUGAUUUCUUUUAGCAAUAAUUCAGGGAUGGGGACGAAGACAGUAUUGAUUCCUGCUGAUGAAAUCGAUUUGAGUGCAGUCAAGUAUGAGUAUGAGCAAAUUGAUGCUCCACAUCUCACAGGAUCAACUUUGAGAUUAUUUGUUUGGCUCCUUGAAGCUCCAGUCAUAGGUUCUAUGAUUAUUUCUUACCUGAGAAAAAAGAAUAAAAUGGUUGAGCUACUGAAAAACACUGUCAUCCCGGAGAGCCCCAUGUUUAAGCCUGAGUACCCUCCUCAAGAACCAGAAAAAGAUGUUGCUUUUGUUGAGGAUGCUGGCCGUUCUGAGGAGCGUGUUGCACAAGCUUUGAAGUGCCUCUCUGAAUAUGAUCCUUCAGGCUAUUGUGAUGAUGAUUUGGCAAAAUCAUUUCGUUAUUGGAAGAUACGCGAUUUUUCAUAUGCUUAUCGCACCAAGCUUGCUACCCCAUCCUUGGUUGCUGAAAAAAUAAUUUUAGCCUUGGAGGAGUUCAAUAAAGCAAAUCCCACCACCCCCUUACUUAUUGCAUUUGAUGCCGAGGAUGUAAGAGUGCAGGCAGCUGCUUCAACUCAAAGAUUUGAAGAAGGGAAAUCUUUAUCAGUUUUAGAUGGAAUUUUCAUGGCAAUUAAGGAUGAUAUAGAUUGUUACCCAUAUCCCUCGAAUGGUGCUACAACAUGGUACCAUGAUGUUCGAUCUGUGAAGAAAGAUGCAGUUUCUGUUUCUAAAUUGCGAAGCUGCGGUGUAAUAUUUAUUGGGAAGGCAAACAUGCAUGAAUUAGGUCUUGGGACAACUGGAAACAAUGCCAAUUAUGGAACGACGAGAAAUCCCCAUGCACAUGAUCGGUACACUGGUGGAUCUUCAUCAGGUCCAGCAGCAAUUGUAGCUUCUGGACUAUGUUCAGCUGCUCUUGGGACAGAUGGUGGAGGUUCAAUUCGUAUUCCUUCGUCACUUUGUGGUGUGGUGGGCCUGAAGACGACUUAUGGAAGAAUUGAUAAGAGAGGGGCAUUGUGUGAUGGAACUGUGGAAAUUGUUGGUCCAAUAGCAUCAUCAGUAGAAGAUGUGAUGCUUGUGUAUGCAGCGGUAUUAGGUUCCUCUCCUGCUGAUACAAUUAGCAUGAAACCUUCGCCGCCUUGCUUACCCAAUCUGGCAUCUGAAGUCCGAUGCGAGAUUGUAGGAUCAUUACGGCUUGGGAAGUAUACCGAGUGGUUUAACGACGUGUGUUCCAGUGAAAUCUCCCUGAAGUGCGAUGAUGUACUAAAUUGGCUUUGCGAAAAAUAUAAUUGUCAAACCGAGGAAAUUGCUAUUCCUGAGCUGAGUGAGAUGCGUACUGCGCAUAUUGUUUCUAUUGGAUCUGAAGCCUUGUGCUCACUUAAUCCAGAUUGCGAAGACGGGAAAAAUUCAAAGUUGACAUAUGACACUCGCACAAAUCUGGCACUUUUUCGUUCAUUUUCAGCUACGGACUAUGUUGCAGCCCAAAAGAUUAGGCGAAGGAUGAUGUACUACCACAUGGAGAUCUUCAAGAAGGUGGACGUCAUAGUAACUCCAACCACUGGCAUGACAGCACCAGCUAUAUCUUCCAGUGCUCUUAAAUGUGGGGAGUCAAACUUGCAGGUUUCAGGAUAUCUGAUGCGAUUUAUUGUGGCUGGAAAUCUUCUUGGCCUCCCUGCUAUUACCAUCCCGAUUGGUUAUGAUAAGCAGGGACUUCCCAUCGGCUUACAGCUUAUAGGCCGACCAUGGGGUGAAGCAACGCUCUUGCGUUUGGCAUUUUGCAUUGAGGAAUCAUACGGGAUAAACAAGAAAAGACCAGCUUUGUACUAUGAUAUCUUGAAAGGUACAUAAAUGAUGCUGUUUGAUUUCUACACAUAAACAAGUUCUAAUCUUCAGAUUGAUCUUGUUCUUCUCAAGUGGUUAGGCUAUAAGAUCUCAUGUACACCCUAUUGUCUUCGGAUGUAGAGUGUAGGUUAUCAUUAGUUUACCCCUCUUGAAGAGGGCAUUUCAUUGUUCUUACCAUCUACAUUUACAAGAAAACUACACACUAUCAUGUAAUAUCAUAAAUAAUAUCAUUUGUUUUACACAUCUUACCAAAAUGAUUUUGAUUUUGAUUUAGCACAUUCUAGUUUGCUUUUUGGGCGCCACAGCUUCA